AUGUUGAAGCGAAGGAACACGCCAACAACUCGCAAUGGAGAUUGUUUUAUGCUCUGCACCCACGACGCUAAGACAGUCUCCAAUGCCGACCUUCACGCCCUUCUUGAAGCUGCAGUGCGCAUUGACUACCACGUGUCUUGCAGGGAACAAAGUCCAGGACAGGAGGCAGCUGCACUCAUCAUUCGUGGUGAGAACGUCACGGAACGUUGGAGACGUUAA